CUGAUUUCCCCAAUAUUUCAGAAAAGAAAAAUUUUUGAACUUUAUGAACAACUUCGACAGAGAAUCGGCGUUCUUUUAAUUGGACCAAGUGGUUCUGGCAAAUCGACCAUUUGGAAAUUAUUAUUAAAAAUAUUAUCAAAAAUUAAAAAGCCAAUAAAUGUUCUUAAUCUGAAUCCGAAAUCGAUGCCAAGAACAAGGUUGCUUGGCCAUUUGGACGUUGAUACCCGUGAAUGGUUCGAUGGGGUGAUUACUAUAGCUGCUCGCCGAGUUGUCGGAGAUAUGAGUGUUCAUAACUGGAUCGUUUGCGAUGGAGAUAUUGAUCCAGAAUGGAUUGAAUCACUGAAUUCAGUUUUAGAUGAUAAUAAAGUGCUAACAAUGCCAUCUGGAGAACGCAUUCAGUUCGGUUCGAAUGUCAAUUUUAUUUUUGAAACAGAUAAUUUAAGUUAUGCAUCGCCAGCAACAGUUUCUCGUAUGGGCAUAAUAUACCUUAGUGAAAAAGAUGUGGAUAUUAAAGAAGUUAUAAAGCACUGGUUGAAAGAGGAAGAACAUAAUGCUCAUCCUGAUUUAGUGUAUUGGAUCGAUAACUAUCUUUAUAGGUGUCUGGAUUGGAUUUAUUUGAAAAAUUCGUUUCAAAUACAAAUAGGACGAAUAGCAACAAUAAAAAAUGCGUUAUGCCAAUUACGAGGCAAUGCAACAAGUCGAGAACAAUUUCUUAUAAGUCUUUAUCGUGGAUUAUCACCAAAUUUAACUCAGGAUAUAAGAAUCAAAUUUGGCAAAGAAGUUGUAUUUGAUGGUGUAAAUUUACCUGAUCCAAGCUUCCCAUGGAACAUUUAUAUUGAUGAUAGAACGAAUUCUUUAUCUUGCUACGAUAAUAAAAUUGAUAUGAAACUGGGACAGUCAAAAUAUGAAGAUAAUUUACCCACGGUUCUAACUGCAUUCACGCAAGCAAAUCGAGAUUCAAUAUUUUCGCUGUUAAAAAAUGGAAAUCGUCAGCCGAUAUUAUUAAUUGGUCCAGAUGGUUGUGGAAAAGAAUGUCUAUUGAGAUACUGCUUUUCACUUGAUUCAGAUAGCCAUUCGGAACACCUAUUGCAAAUCUUGGAUCAGCAUUGUGUAAAAAUAAGCGGAGCAGGUGGUCGAAUAUUGAAACCUAAAGAAAAAGCAAAUUUAUUGCUAUAUUUGAAAGGAUUGAACCUAGUUAAACCAGAUAAAUGGAAUACUUGCGAACUGAUUGCAUUUCUUCAUCAAAUGUUAACUUAUCGUGGCUAUUACGAUGAAUAUAUUGAAUGGAUUAGUUUAGAAAACAUUCAACUAAUUUGUUCGAUGAAUGUUAUUGACGAUCCAGGACAUUAUCUUUUAUCGCCGAGAUUCACUUCUCUGUUGAGGAUUUAUACUGUUGAUUAUCCGCUAGAAGAAGAUCUUAUUGUAAUAUGUGUGGCUUACUUGGAAUAUUUUUUACGCGAAGGAACCUUUUCAUCGAGAGAAAUCGAAAAAAUUGCCAGGUUGAUAGUGAAAAUCUUUGAGGAAUUACAAGCAGCAUUUAAAACAUACGACAACCCACAUUAUCUUUUUGCACCUAAAGAUUUAACAAAAUGGAUAAUUGGAAUUACUCGUUAUGACAUUGGAGGAAAUGAUUAUCAGCAUCUUAAUCAAUGUGUGCUAUAUGAAUGUCAACGCCUAUUCAGAGAUCGCUUAAUUAAUGAUGAACACAAGAUAAAGUUCGAUGAAAUUUUGAACAAUGCAGUAAGCUCUACGGUUUUUGCUCUGAAUUCAGAAAUUGAUGAAGCUGCUUUUAACAUUCCAUUAUUUGAUGAAUUUGUCAUAUUUUGCUCCCACAUCGAUCGAGCAUUGACCGCAGCAGGUGGCUCAAUUCUCUUAGCUGGUCGAUCAGGAAUAGGACGAAAGGCAGCAACAUGCUUGAUUGCUUAUAUGCAUCAAAUGAAAAUUUUUACGCCAAAAAUUUCAAAUUCAUACUCUAUCAAACAAUUCAAUAAUGAUUUAAAAUUAGCAAUACAGUCUACAACGAUUGAUUCUACUCCAACUGUGAUCAUUCUAGAAGAUUAUCAGAUAAUUGAAUCGUCUUUUUUGCAAUCCAUUAAUUCAAUAUUAGCAUGUGGUUAUAUUCCUGGACUGUUUUCUAGUCAAGAAUUCGAUUCAUUUUUACCAGCUUUGCGUGAUCUUGCUUCACAGGAUGCAUAUCAUGGCGAUUUACAUACUUAUUUUGCUUCCAAAGUGAAAACUAGUUUGCAUAUUGUUCUUAUAAUGGAUGUCGAUGCUCCUGAUUUUUCUACAAAAACACUCUCAGCUCCUUCAAUAUUCAAGCAUAUGGCGAUUAUAUGGAAGGAAAAAUGGAAUAAUGAUGGACUGUUACAGAUUCCGCGUAUGAUGCUUACACAAUAUAAAAUGAACUUCAGCGAAGAAAUUAUACGAAGUUUCGUGGCAGUCCAUGAGAUUUGCCCGAAAGAAUUUUCUUCGCCGUAUAAAUUUUUAAUUUUCAUUAAGACAUACAAAAAAUUGUUCACCCAGAAGAAAGAAGCAUUAGAAAAUCGAUUAAGAAAAUUGAAAGCUGGUACGACUAAAUUAAACGAAGCACGAGAGUUAAUAUCGCAAAUGCAACAAAAAGCUGGGAAAAAGAGCGAGCUUCUGGCUGAAAAACAAAGGGAAGCAGAUGCGGCAUUAAAAGCAAUCGCGCAAAGUAUGACGGGUGCAAAUGAACAAAAAACAAAUAUGGAAGAAUUGAGAAUAGCAAAAGAACAAGAAAAUCUACGCAUGGAAGAACAACGAAGCUUAAUCGACCAACAGUUACAAGAAGUCAGUGACCACUCUCUUAACACUCUCUUGAAUUUCAAAAAACAUGCGACUUUCCAUCCUAGACAAUUUGGUUCCAUCAGAUCUGAGAGUUUGUCAGAAAUUAGAAGCUUAAGAGCACCACCAGAAACUAUCAGAGAUAUAUUACAAGCUGUACUAUUAUUUAUGGGCAUUUUGGAUACAUCAUGGGAAAAUAUGAGAAGCAAACCUGCCACUAAAAUGAUGGUAAAAUCAGAGAGAGUAAAUAUGAUAAACUCAUUUAGAUUCCUGGCGAAGAGUGGAGUAAAAGAAGAAAUAAUAAAUUUUGAUGCUCGUCAAAUUACUUCGGAAAUAAAUGCAAAAGUUUCAACAUUAGUCAAUAGCAAGAAAGCAUCAUUUAAUCAAAAAAAUGCAAAGCGAGCUUCAGCAGCUGCUGCACCAUUAGCUGCGUGGGUAUGUGCAAAUCUUCAGUAUGCUUCUAUUCUUAAUCAAAUUGCUCCGCUCGAGCGCAAUAAAAGCGAAAUAAUGAGGCAAAUUUUUUUGGAUUUACAGCUAUUAACUCAGAAAAAAAAUAAAAUAGUCUUUAAAAAUGAAGAAAUAGCUCAAAUUAUUGAACCUUUAAGGAGCCUUGGAAAAGUUGAAAAGCAAAUGGAAAAAUUGUCCAAAGGUAUGAAGCAAGUUGACAUAAAAGUAGCUGAAUUAAAAAAUAAUUUUGAAGUUUUAAUGAAAGAUGCGACACGAAUAAAAAUCGACUUGGAUAGAGAAAAAGACAUUAUAAAAUUGGCUGGAACACUUGUUGAUCGAUUGAAAGAUGAGUUUCUUCGAUGGAAUGAAGAAAUGGUUGAACUUCAAAAACAACAUAAUCAGCUAGAAAAAUUUUGCCUAAUAAGCGCUGCAAUCAUUGCAUUCCUUGGGUCAGCGCCUGAAAGCGUGAGAUUCAAUGCAAUUUCACAAUGGCGGGAUUUGCUUAAUGCUGAUAACUUUGAUUUUUUACGAUUUUGUACGACCGAAGCUGGACGGUUACAAUGGAAAAACAAUGGACUUCCAUCGGACAAUCUUUCUCUAGAAAAUGCUAUAAUUAUUGAAAAUACCUUGGAAACACCGCUUAUAAUUGAUCCUAGUGGACGAAUCAGUGAUUUUCUUCAAAAUAAUUUUCAACAGUUAAAAAUUGAACGCUUAAAUGCUUCACAGCCCGAUUUAAUAAUUCAGUUGGAAUUAGGCGCACGUUUUGGUAAAACAUUGCUCAUCGAUGAUAUAAAUGAUAUUGAACCUUCAAUUAUGACAAUUAUAAAAAAAGAUGUUUUUAUUCAAGCAUCGCGUCAAGUUAUUCAAAUUGAUGCCAAAAUGAUCGAUUAUAAUGAAAAUUUUCGAUUAUUUCUUUGUUCAAAGAAUGAUCAAAUAAGUAUCGAUCACAGUAUGAAAUCUGUUCUAAUGAAAAUCAACUUCACAACUACAAAAUCGGGGCUCAUAUCGCAGUUGUUAGAAUUGGCGAUAAAAAUUGAUAAACCACAGUUAGAAGCACGUUCGAAUGAAUUAACUAAAAAAUCGGAAAAUAUGAAAAUACAACUGGAACAAUUACAACAAAUUCUUCUCCAGAAUUUAGCAUUAUCUGAAGGGAAUUUAUUGGAGAAUAACGAAUUAUUAGAGUCAUUAAAUAAAUCUAAAGAAAGUUCUCAAAUAAUUGCUGCUUCUCUUGCUGAAUCGAUUAGACUGCAAUCAGAACUUUCAACGCAACGUGAUGUAUAUCUUACAUUGGCUGAAUAUGCAAGUUCAGUAUACUUUGUUAUAAAGGAUCUUUAUUUGCACAAUCAUAUGUACAGCUUCAAUGUUCAAACUAUCAUCAAUUUAUUUCAGAAAACAUUCUCUUUGAAUCGAGAAAAUGUUGAUGAAACUGAUCGGCCGGAAAAAUUAAAAAGAACGUUACAAAAAUAUAUAUUCGAAAAUAUUGCGAGGUCAUUAUAUGAAAAGGACCGUUUAAUAUUUGCAAUGAAAUUUAUACGAGGAACGCAACCGAAUUUAUUUAUGAAAAAUGAAUGGGAAUUUUUUUCGGGAGUUCUCCCAAAUGAAGAUCAUGAUGAUGCAAUAUUAAAGAAUAUUACAUGGAUUGAUAAAGAAAGAUUGCCUGCAGUUUCUAAUCUAUACAGUUAUUUCCCAACAUUAUUUAAUAAUAUUCGCUUGACUGAAAGAGGGUUAUGGAGUGAAUUUGCAAAAUCUUUCAACUGUGAAGGAUCAUUUCCAAAAGAAAUCGAAUCGCUAAUUACACCAUUCCAAAAAGUUAUUAUUAUUCAAGCUAUUAAGCCAGGAAGACUCCAUUCUGCUAUGCUGCAAUUCGUUUAUCGUGCACUAGGUAUUCACUCUUUGAAUUUGUCCCCAUUUGACUUCAAAUCAUUUUAUAAAAGUGAAACCAGCGCCAAUGAGCCAAUUCUAAUAUUGAAUGGAAUUGGAGCAGAUCCUUCACAAGAUCUCGAAGAAUUUGCUAAAGGGACAAUUGGUUUUGAAAAAUUUUGCCAAAUUUCAAUGGGACAAGGUCAAUUGCAAUCAGCUAUUGAAAUGAUGCGCUUGGCAGCCGAAAAUGGUUCAUGGGUUUGUUUAAAAAAUCUUCAUCUCGUCAUUGGAUCACUAUCCUUCGUUUAUAAGGUCCUUUCUUCGAGCUCUUUAAUUACUGGCAUAUUCGAAUUUAUGCGAUUGAAACGACACGAAAAUUUUCGUUUAUGGUUAACAUGCGAAGAGGAUAAUCGAUUCCCAGCGAUAUUGUUGCAAAAUUCGAUAAAAAUAACGUAUGAAACCCCUCCUGGUAUAAAAAACAAUCUUCAACGAAUUUAUGCAAUGUGGAACGACGUACCUAUUCAAAGCAAUUCAGUACAACUGCAGUACCUCUUCCUUUUAGCAUGGUUACAUGUUGUUGUGCAAGAACGACGCAAUUAUAUUCCACAAGUUGCUUAA